ACGGCAUUUUCUUCAAUAUAUCCUCAUUUACGCACGAAAGUCCUCAAAAUGGAUCUCACCCCGCAAGUCCGAGUUGCCGGUUCGGAGGAUGUAACCGCACCGAGCACACAGAAUACAGCCAAUGUUGAUACAGAGACAACAUUGGCUCCCGGCGCAAUUGAAGAAAGUCAAGCAGAUCAAACACAAGACAUCACUUUACCUGAUGCGGAGUUGAAUGAGGCGGAAUCGCAGCCAACAGAGGAACCACAGCCUGCUGAAAAGAAGCCCAUUCAUUUCCUGGAUUUCCUAGCAUCUCCAAUUAUCGAGCUUGUGAUUGGGAGUGGAGAUAAUAGGACCACCAUGACCGCUCACCAGAACUUGCUAUUGGAAUCGCCUGCGCUCGCAGAGAAAGUCAAGGCAUUUGGCGAUGGACCACGAAAAAUCGAACUUCCCGAUGACGACGUUGAAGCCUUCGGCUGCUUCCUUCAGUACCAAUAUACGCACGACUACUCGACCCCCGACUGCGCUACCACACAAACCGACUCUGUUGGGGACAGGCCCGACAACAGCGGCGAGCAGCUCCUCAAACACGCCCGCGUAUACACCCUAGCAGGGAAACUCGGCAUCCCCGCGCUCAGGAGCCUCGCACACUCCAAGAUUCAUCGCAUCGACAGUACAUCUCUGGGCGAAUUAACGUAUGCGCGCUACGUUUACGCAAAUACCCCUGCGGAUGACACAACGAUUCGUAAACCCGUCUCAAGCUUCUGGGGUAGCAGGAGCCAUGUCCUGCGUCAUGAGACCGGGGCGGAGUUCAAAAAGCUCUGCCUUGACGUUCCGGAGUUCUGUUAUGAUGUUUUGAGCCACGUCCUGGAUCAAAAGGAGAAGCGUGCACAUGAUAAGGUGGAGGCUGAAUCCGGGACGAGGGGGAGUGCGAGGAAGAGGCUUAGGAGUGGAUUGUAA